UGACAGGUAAGUGAUGGACGUGGUAAUAGCCAUGAGUGGCCAUGAACAGCCACGACCACGAGGUGAACAGCCACCACGGAUAGUUGACCGCAGAUACUGGGUUGUUGAUCAAAUAGAGUAGUAAGAAUCGUAAGACGAGUCGGGUCAGCGUCAGCCCUAUGGUGAAGUGUGAGUAUAUAUGGCGGUGCUGGAGAUGUAUGAAGAGUGUGCAUCUUCGUAUGUACAGUACAGCCAGUACUGCACUGCACAACUCAAGCUUAACAGACAAGCACACACACACACACACGAUAUACGCGAGCUUGACAGGUCAAUAAUACUCGACUAGUAUGUAAUAUUUAAUAUAUAUAAUAUACCCUUUAAGCUCGGCGACAGGGAGUUGUUCCUUUAAUAUUGGCAAAGACAGAUACCCUUUAUGCCGAGAAGGAUGUAGGCACCGCACCACCACCUUCCUGUUGCCUUCGUCAUGUGCCUCGUCAUCUCCCCCUCGACGCCUCUCAGCACCACCAAAUAGAUCAAACCCAGACAAAAGCCAAAUCAGAGAAGCACGUACGCGAGCGACCACCUCGUCAUGACCAAGACGGGCCAAGUAGCAGCAACAGCGACGACAGCGACGACAGCGACAGGAGCACGCAACACACUCCCCUCACCUCCACCACACUGAAAGCAAACGGACGGACAUACAUAGUCCUCAUACCACGUCCCUCUCACCACCUGCACCCACCCGCCUCCUUGCAUCUCGAUCCCCGAAUCCCCGGAGCUUAGCUCCCACCCACAACCACGCAGGAUGCACAUCCCCCCCGCCAACAUGGCAAUGCCGACGCUGCUCUCCCUCCUCCUCCUCCCCCUCUCCGCCGCGGCGCUGGGGACGAUAGAUUGCUCCAAGAUGCUAGCGGACAAGCAUAACUUCGAUCUCAGCGCGCUGGAUGGACCGCACUCGGUCAUGCAUGGCGUGGAGCAGCCGCCGUCGUUUUUGAAUACUACGUAUACGAUUAAUAUCUGUCGGCCGCUGGUGCCGGAUAGUGAUGCGAAGAAGGAAGAGAGGUGUCCGGGGCCUACGAGAGUCUGCGCAAUAGAGCGCCUCAUCAACCCCAUCGAAAAAUCCACCACCAUCUCCCGCGUCAUCCCCAUAGCAGGCGACCUGCAAAACUUCCCCGGCGGCACCCUCCUCGACGCCUCCUACACGCGUCUCCGCACCGCCCCAUCCCCCGCCGACCAAGCGCGCGAGGGCAUCCGUGUGGAACUACACGGGGGUUCGUAUAACGGGCGCAAACAGCGCGCGGUGGUGGAGUUUCUGUGUGAUCCUGAGGUGGAGGGGACGGAGGAGGAGGAGGAGAGUGUGUUGGAUGUGUAUAGGAGAGAGGAGAAGGGGGAGAAGGAGGAGGGGGGAAAGGGGAAUAGCACGACGAGAGCGACGAAGUCGUUGGUGUUUAAGAAGUAUGGACCUGAGGGGGCGAAGGGGGAGGUUGAUGUGUUGACGCUGGAGUGGAGGACGAAGUAUGCUUGUGAGAAUGUUUCUGGCGGGGGGGGAGGCGGGAAGGAGAAGGGGAAUUGGGGGUUUUUCACUUGGUUUAUUAUUAUCGCAUUCCUAUCCACAGCAGCCUACCUCAUCUUCGGCUCCUGGCUCAACUACAACCGCUACGGCGCCAGGGGGUGGGACCUCCUCCCCCACGGCGACACCAUCCGCGACAUCCCCUACCUCGCCAAGGACUGGUCCCGCCGCGUCUUCAACACCGUGCAGGACAGCGGAUCGAGGGGCGGAUAUUCCGCCGUAUAGACCGUAUCAUUCCGUGUGUUGUUUUCCGCGUCUUGGAAAAUUGAGAAAAAGGGGAUACUGUUGUUUUUCUACCGUGUCUUUUUAGGGUGUUGCUUAGUAUACUUAACUUGGUGCCUUGGCCUGUUUUUGGCGUUCGUUGUAGGACCACAGCAGCAGCAGGAAGUCCCUGAUUAGGGGGAUGGGUUUUUUGUAGCAUAUAGAUGGGUCUUGGAAUGGGAUUUUAAUGUCCGUGGUGCCAUUGUGCACCAUGUCUUUUUCUCGCACACUUUCCACGCUUCACACUUCCGUACCAUGAAUCUGUAUCUGCAUCUCACUCGAACCAAACAGCGAAGAAAGUUGAACAGAC